AUGAGUAACCUAGAGUUCGGGCUGCUGAAAACAGCUCUGAAUAACAUUGCCAUUGAAACGAAUCCUGUCGGUUCGAGUCCUUACUUUGGUGUUUAUUUUUUCGGAGCAACAACGCAACUUCAUGUGGUUGCUCCAUUUAAGACAUCUAGUGCCUCGAUGGUAAAGACAUACCUAGACCAAAAACAGUAUACAAUGGCCCAGUCAAACCCAUCGACGUUGGUCUCUGCUCUAACUCUUGUCGAAUCAGAUUGCGCCUUACAUUGUCGACAGAGUGCACCACGAGUUACUGUUGUACUCUCUACUGCUCCAUCUUCUUCAGCCGAAGUUGCCGUUCGUCAGUUAGAAAAUAAUCGCGGCAUGAUCGUGAUAUUUAUUGGGAUAGGAUCCGGUGCAAGCGCGGCUGUUGUGAACCGAUUGGCUUCGCAUCCCACACGGUUCUACGCUCUUCUCGUUGGUUCUAUGUAUGAACUUGUGCUGUCUGCUCAGCAUAUCGGCUCUGUUGCUGCUGAUGUGCCCCGUCUUCUUAGCAUCAACCAACCGUUGUCGAUUUCAAGUACAACCUCUGGUGUCUAUUAUAUAGUACAGCUCAACACCUUUCCAUACGUAACUAUGAAUGACACCAUUGUCAUGUUUGCAUCCAAUUGUCCCAACUGUCAGGUAUUCGGUUCGUUAUCAGAACCGAAUCCAGUUAGUGAGAAUACUGUUCAAAAUUUGAAUGCUCGCCCCUUCUAUGCGGCUGCUGGUUAUCCGAACACAUUAUAUUACUUCCAUAUUCCAAAAAACACUGCUCGAUUCUUUGUAAGCCUCCGCUCCAAUGGCAUGCCUGCUGUCUCUAUCCUAUUUGAUAUUUUCACUCUGCCUGAAAUGUUAUCGACAUAA